CACCCCACCAUGACUGCCGUCCGUAGUCCUCUCUCAGUUGUAUUUCUGUUGCACAUUGCGCUGGAGAUACCGGUCGCUAUCCAAGGCAUAUGGUCACCUGCCAGUUUACCUUUCCUGCAGCUCAACAACACUGCGAUUGUACUCCUCAAGUUGUACGCCACUCUCGUACUGGCGACGUGCAUAACAUCCCUGUUAUGUUUCUCGCUCCCAGAAUUCCUUCCGGGUAAACGUGCCCUGGCAAUUGGCCUCUGCGUAUACCACAGCGCAGCCUCCACCGUCCUCUUUCAAGCUCCCCGCUUCAUCCCCCAUUCAUUUGGUCCAUUCAUGGAAUCCUUCAAAGUUACACCGGAAAUUGUGUGGGGUGUAUGUCAUGGCUUCCUUGGACUUGGGAUGGUUGUAUGGUGGCAGGGCACGGUGCACCUGGCGGCCAUGGCCAGAACUGCGGGACGCUAAUGGAAAGAUGGACCAUAGUAAUCAGUUACAGAUGGUCUCCCUGCCUGAAAACCGGAUGCUUGUUCGUACAGCGAGGCGUAGAGUGAAGUUGGUUGGGCAUGGCGAAAACACUGGUUUAAUUUACAUUUCUAGACCUUAUGGGAAGUCCAUUAUCUCUCUCGCAACCUCUCGGCGUGUUCUGUGAGUCUGUUGGCUUUGCUCCCAUAUGCCUUAUAUUUCUACACAAGAAUCGACUACGCAAUGCGCAUCCUAAGGCCUGCAUUGUCCUUUCG